AUGCCCCGCUCCUUGUCGCGCCGGAGUAAGGGUGAUCCCAACACUGGCUCAUCUCGAGACCCACUCGGAACCCGCCGCUACCCCAUUACCAGGACUCUAAACGCGAAGAACAUCCUCGUUCAAGAGACAGUUGGGCCCCAUGCGAUCCACAACUCGAAGAACAAGGGCGUAACUCUUACCAGGCGGAAAAUUUCACCAAAUUCUCCUACUCCACGAAGUUCCCUGGUUGUCGAGUCCUUGUCUUCUCAGGCAGCGUCAUCCCCAAAGGCUCCGCCAGCUGCAUACAGUGAAGUGAAGUUAUCAGAUUUUGCUGCCGCAGUUUUCGAUAUUCCCCCCAAAUCUGUUAAUCUAAAGGAUGUCGCUCGCAACCUUGCCACAUCCUCGGAUUAUGAAUCCACGUGCCGACGCUUCCUCUCCUCUUUGGAAUCGACGUCGUCCAGUACCGAAUCAGACACGAUCGAGGAGGGUUUCAUCGAUGUGCUCAAGCUCAUCUGCCGUCAAUGUGAUCCGUUAGGUCUUCCAGGUGCCUCUGACUUCAAUCCUUUCGCCCAUCCCGCAUACGAUAAGGAGGACUCAGAGCAGUCAACUGAAGACCAGUUUGUCCUAAUGGGUAUGCGGAGAGGUCCACUCAUGGACACUUGGAGCUGGGCAGAUCUCCUUGUUGCAAUUGAUACACAACCGGCCGAUUCUUCAUUUGGUUCACACACCUGUCAGCAGUCAGCAGUCAAGCAUCCGGUCUUGUCUCGGGAAAAUGGUUCAAGCAUUGAUACCAAGUCGCAUCAGGACCAAUCCGAUUCGCCGUACACUCUUCCUUCAUGCGCUUCUCGCUUGCGCCGGUAUGCCGAAUUAGUCAUGACUGCCAAGGGCAACAGAAGGCAUGUGAUUGGACUCUUGGCAACAGGUUCGAACAUAUCCUUCUGGUACUUUGACCGCGGGGGUGGAUUCUACUCCACCCCUGUCAACUUGUUGACCGAUGCUGUCGAGAUCAUAUCAGCAGUGAUGCAACUUGCGCUGAGCGGACCCAUCUCAUUCGGCUUAGAGCCAUUCAUUCAGUCGUCAUCGUCCUGGGAAGCCUUUGAGUCUGUUGAAGGCUCGUGCGUGGUUGUUGAUGGUAUUCGAUUCCGUUUGUGCAAAACGCUUCACGUUGCUCGUGAAUUGGAGGGCCGCGGGACGGUCGUCUUCGCGGCUCAAAAGAUAGCAGAUUCUGCGCGGGCAGAUGGCCGCAGUACAAUCAUCCCUCAUGAUGUCAUAAUCAAAUUCUCCUGGCAGGACGCAUCUGCACCUUUCGAGGAUCUGCUCUUCAGGAGAGCUCAAGAAUGUGCGGUUGAAGGCAUUGCGAAACUCUAUUGCUCAUCCCGGCCCGCGCGCCUCUCCACUGGCCCCCGACGUGCUCUCAGGCUUAUUGCUGGCAUUGAUUAUCACGACCGAGAACUGAGAGUGCAAGUAAUGGGUCCCCUCUGCAUCCCUCUCUAUCGCGUCAAAGAGCUCGAUGUGUUCAAGCUGGCUUUCCCCCACAGGAGCCUUUACGAAAGGGCAGGCAUUCUUCACCACGAUAUCAGCAUCAAUAACUUAAUGGUUGAGAAGGAUAACGAAGUGAAAGGCGUCUUGAUCGAUCUUGACCUCGCGAUCAUAAUCAAGGGAGGCGAUGCACUUCAAUCACAGCGUUCAACAUUGGCAGGCACUCUUCCAUUCCUUUCCGUGGAUUUUCUAGAGGGUACUCCACCAGAACGUCCCAUGUACCGGCACGACUUGGAGUCCUUCGUCUUUGUCCUUGCAUGGAUCCUCAUUCGUUUCGACGAAGAAGGUGAGGAGGCAGAUCAUGAUCAACUCCGGACUUGGUAUACUGGAGGGCGUGAUCAGAUGAAACAUGCAAAAUUUGGUUUCUUUCGACGCUCUUUCGAUCUCCCAAUCGGUCGAUUCCCGUCACUUGGGGUGCUCUGGCUAAGUAAACUUUGUCGAAAUUUUCACCUUGGCUACUCGUUGAGGGAUCGCAUGGGCAAUACUGAUUUUGACCACGAGACUCUCGGCGGCUAUGUGACUCAUAGCUCAUUUUUGGAUGUAUUGCACUAA